CCUGUGCUCCGUCCCUCCUACCACGCAGCAGAACAAACGCUAUAUUCAUCUGCUCCAGCUUGCAGUUGCUGAAACUCCCCGCAGGAACUCCUGGCUACUUUUCCCCACCGUUCCAGCUGCUGAACACAAUGCCAUUCAUGCCACGGGGCGAAAACAGGCGAAGCGCCGGCUCCGUUGACACAACAAUGUGGAGAACAUGCGGUGUUUUUUGCGCAUGGAGUCUACUGUUCUUGACAGAGAUCUGUGCGCAGUCUCAGCGGAGACCAACCUUCACAUGCGGAGGAAACAUUACAGGGGAUUCUGGAGUAAUCGGAAGCCAGGGGUACCCAGGAGUUUACCCUCCAAACACCAAAUGUGUGUGGAGAAUCACAGUCCCUGAGGGAAAGGUGGUGGUCCUGUCAUUCCGCUUUAUUGACUUGGAGAGCGACAACCUGUGCCGCUACGACUAUGUGGAUGUUUACAGUGGCCAUGUCAAUGGGCAGAGGCUCGGUCGCUUCUGUGGGACGUUCAAGCCAGGAGCCCUGGUUUCCACGGGCAACAAGAUGCUCAUGCAGAUGGUAUCUGAUGCCAACACCGCUGGUAGUGGCUUCCUGGCUGUUUUCUCUGCCGCCCACCCACAUGAGAGAGGGGACCAGUACUGUGGAGGCAGAUUGGACAAACCCACAGGGACUUUCAAAACACCCAACUGGCCUGAGAAGGACUACCCAGCUGGUGUCACCUGCUCCUGGCACAUAGUGGCACCAAAGAACCAGAUUAUUGAGGUCAAGUUUGAGAAGUUUGAUGUGGAAAGAGACAACUACUGCCGCUACGACCACGUCUCCAUUUUCAACGGGGCAGAAAUCAACGACGCCAAGAGGAUCGGAAAAUACUGUGGAGACAGCCCCCCAGCGCCAGUGUUCUCAGAGGGGAAUCAGCUCCUAAUCCAGUUUCUGUCAGAUCUCAGUCUCACCGCAGACGGUUUCAUUGGACACUACAAAUUCAGACCAAAGAAAUUCCCCACCACCACGAUACCACCCACCACUACCACACAGCCAGUCACCACCAGGCCCAUACCUCUGAAAUACUCUGUAGCCCUGUGCCAGCAGAAAUGUAAAAGACGAGGAACGCUUGAGAGCAAUUACUGUUCCAGCAAUUUCGUGAUAACUGGGACUGUCAUUACUGCGGUGAUGAAAGGAGGAAGCAUGUACGCCACUGUCUCCAUCAUCAACGUGUAUAAAGAAGGCAGUCUGGCCAUUCAGCAGGCAGGAAAGACCAUGAGCACCAAGAUCAUUAUCCUGUGCAAGAAGUGUCCAUUUAUCAGACGAGGCUUGAACUACAUCUUCAUGGGCCACGUGGACGAGGACGGCCGGGGUAAAAUCGCCCCUCACCACUUUGUCAUGGCGUUUAAGACAAAGAACCAGAAAGGACUCAACGUUCUGAAAAACAAGCGUUGCUGAGCUCUGGGGUUCUCCACUCAGCUGUGCAUAGAAACAGUUAAGCAAAAAAGCAACCAUCUCCAUCUUUGCAACACAAAAAAACAAAGCUCAAUCUGGAUGCAGAUAUGCCAGCACAAAGCAUAAAAUCCACAUGAUUCAUUCUAUUAAACUCAGAUUUUGGUAUUUAUUGGAUUUGCUGCAGAUUGCAUGUUGUUGGAAUGAAAAUGAGAAUGGAUUAAGUACUUCCACUCUGUCUUCUAUUAAAAGACCAGUCACUUAGUCUGUUUGGCAACCUCAGAUUAAUCAGCAACAAAAUGAGGUGAAAUUUCCAUCCCCAUUCUCACUCUGCAUAUUCACAUUCCUAUCAUGCCCCAAGCAGGGAAUUAAAUUGUCGCCAGUAACAGGAGCCCAGAAUAAGGAGGUAAUCAGAUUGUUUAAAAUUUUCAGUGUGCACAUCUGACUUCCUAUGAUUGCACCAUUAAUUUGAUUUUUUUCCCUCCAUAUUCUACUUUUCUAUUGUUUCUCUUUGGGGCUGUGGAGCAGAAUGGGGAUAAACAGUGUGUUUUAUUAUUUAGUAUGCGUUAAACAAACAAAUAUAGAAUAGACAGAAUAGUCUUAAAUUUCACAAACCUGAUCAAUAGCAACACGGUGUUAACAACCUGCAGUUAACGGUCUGUGUUCAAUUUCAGUGGGCAGGAUUAGGAAUUUUUAAGUGGUGAUGAAAAAAGUGCAAUAUUUAAUAUAUACAUUAUUCUUUUUUUAAAAAGGUUUUUUAUGCUGGUUUUAUGUGAAACAAACGAAGAACCUACCUAGCUAAAGCUCUUUUUCUUCAGUUUGUUUACAGAUGCAAAGCACCGCCAUCAUUUACCUACAUUGUUUUUUAAAGGCAGAGGUAUGAAAUGAAAAAUAUUUUCAUAUGGAAAAGUCUGUGAAUAUUAUUUAUAUUUUAUUGUUUUCAUCUGCCCAAAUAAAACUCUAACAAACA